AUGUCUGUGUGGUCAGCCGUCCUGACCAGGCAUGGAGUUGGGAGAUGUUGCAGGUUGUGGUGUGGUGUCUCCAGACCACUCAUCCACACCAGAGCAGUAAGUGUAGCUGAGCCGGGUGCAAGGAAAUCUGAUGAAGACCAACUCUGGGAGGCAGCUGCAGGUCACCUGCCUUUCAGCAGAGCCAGGAUUGGAUCAUUCUUCCAGGAGCAGCCAGCUUUGAAGAAUCCAUUUCUGGAGGAUGCCUUGCUAAGAGCAUACCUCAGGAGACACCUCCCCCAGCAGGCAGUCUUCUUAGACUUGAGUGCAUUUGGAGAGUGUGUGGCAAAAGAAGUGGACACAUGGGGCCGAGAGUGUGAAGUCAACCCUCCGCGGCUGGUGCAUUUUGAUCCCUGGGGGCGGAGAGUGGACCACAUUGUGACCUCUGCAGCCUGGAAACGGAUGAAGGACCUAUCGGCACAAGAAGGCCUGGUUGCCAUCGGCUAUGAGAGAUCAUUUGGGGAGUGGAGUCGUGUUUAUCAGAUGAGCAAAUUGUACCUGUACUCCCCUUCAUCUGGUCUCUACACCUGCCCUCUGGCCAUGACUGAUGGAGCUGCGAAGGUCAUCCAGUCUGUAGGUGUUUCACCGCCUGUAGAAGAAGCCUACAGUCGUUUGAUCAGCCGUCAGCCUGAGCGUUUCUGGACAUCUGGACAGUGGAUGACCGAGAGACAGGGAGGAUCUGAUGUAGGCAGCGGCACUGAGACCGUGGCUGUUCCACAAACAGAUGGCUCGUAUAAACUGCACGGCCUCAAGUGGUUCACAUCUGCCACCGACGCAGACAUGACUCUGACGCUGGCAAGAGUGCAGGACAGAACGGGAGCGACCACGGCGGGUAGUCGGGGGCUCUCUCUGUUUUACGCUGAGGUCAGUCGAGGUGAGGACGGCAAACUGAGGGGCAUAGAAGUUCAGAGACUGAAGGACAAGCUGGGAACUCGACAGAUGCCAACAGCUGAGUUACUGCUGGAUGGCCUGCCUGCUUAUAGACUGUCAGAGGAAGGGAGAGGCGUGGCCUCCAUAGCGAACAUGCUGACCAUAACCAGGAUUCACAACAGCAUCUCUGCAGCCGCUGCAAUGAGAAGAAUUCUCCAGUUGGCGCGUGACUACGCCACUCGCCGCACUGCUUUUGGAAAGCUUCUUAGGGACCACCCACUGCACAUGCAGACUCUGGCCAGGAUGGAGGUGGAGACCCGUGGAGCAUUUCUCCUGGUAAUGGAAGUGUGUCGCCUACUGGGCCGAGAGGAGAGCGGCCUGGCCAGCCAGCUCGAUACGCAGCUCUUACGUCUGCUCACUCCUGUCGUAAAACUGUACACCGGGAAGCAGGCAGUGGCUGUCGUUUCGGAGGGUUUGGAAAGCUUCGGUGGACAGGGCUACAUCGAGGAUACGGGGCUGCCUGGAAUGCUUCGGGAUGCUCAGGUGUUGAGUAUAUGGGAGGGUACAACCAAUGUUCUGUCCCUGGAUGUGCUUCGCUGUGUGGCUCGAAGCUCAGGGAUGGUUCUGCAUGCUUAUUUUACCCAUGUCCAGUCGCUGCUUGCAGGUGUGUCUAAUGUUUCCUCAGUAGCUCCUGCUGUGAAAGCAGUGGCUGGUGCUCUGUCUGAACUGGAGGCGUUUGUUCAGAUGGCUGCAGCCAGAGAACCCGGAUACCUGGAGCUAGCAGCCAGAGAUCUGGCAUACAGCCUGGCUCGUAUCUACGCAGGUGCCCUACUCGUUGACCAUGCUUGCUGGAAAGAGGCCUCCACACACGACAUCCAUGCUGCUCUCAAGUGGUGUGAACAGGACUUGUGUCUCGUUGCGUCUAAACAACAGAGAGGCUACUAUGAAUCCGGCACCGCAGCACUCGAUGCUGCGCUGGUUUAUGAGUGAUCGUUGAAUUGAAUGUAAUCGUUAAAUUAAUAUGACAUCACUGAGAUACUUUUUUUGACUGAAUUAAAAGAAACAUCUGUACUAAACAAGCAUAACUAGAAGUAUGUUCUUAAAACGAUGUUUUUGUCUGUUAGAACAGGUUUAGAUUUUCAAUUUUUUUCAAUUCAUCUAGAGCAGGGGUGUCAAACUCAUUUUAGCUCAGGGGCCACAUUGAGGGAAAUCUAGUCCCAAGUGGGCCGGACCGGUAAAUAAAAAAUAAAAAAAAACUUCAAAUUGUUUUCUUUGUUUUAAUACAAUCAAUAUAAAACAAGGCUGGAGCCUGAAGACAGUGUAGUACAAGUACAACACCUGAAGUGUACUUGAAAAUUUGAAUUUUUUUUUUUAAAUCAACAAAUUAAAAAAAGCAUUCCUUGGUGAUUCUAAGAGCUUACAGAUCACAUGGCUAGAUCAGUUUCAUGCAGCACUUAAAGUAUAUUUGACUCAUUUUACUUUACAUCUUUUAGCUUUCACCAGCACAUCAACAUCAAGUCACAUCCUGAGUGGCGGCCAACUUCAGGAUGUGAUUCAAGUUCUUGUGUGAGCCUUGAGCGCAGCUUUGUUUUAUUUAUACUCAUUACAGAGAAAACUUGCUAACAAUGAUAAGUUUAUUUUCACUCUACAUUGUAAAGUAUGAAAAUAAAGUUUACACAACCAUCUCGCGGGCCGGAUUUAACCCGCUUGCGGGCCGGAUCCGGCCCGCGGGCCGCAUAUUUGACACCCCUGAUCUAGAGGAUAUUUUCCCUUUUGACUGUGAUAUUCGUUAACAUCUUAUCAGUCCUACAGUUAUUAAAUAAGCGAUAAGUAAACAUCAGUUAUUCACAUCUGCUGAAGUAGAGAUCAGAGGAGGUGAGGAAGGCUCUAAUUCUGCUUUACUUCAUGGAUCGUUGGAAAAAAGAAAUGCAUGUAGUGGCUCGUGUGAGGAGUUACUUUAGACUGCUGGUCAAUUUUCUUGCAUAAUGAUGUUUUUACAUGCAAUGUUUUGUUGUAAUCAGUGAUAGGAAAAGUUGCAUAUUAAUGAAGAAAUAAAAUCCACCAGUUUAAUGUUCAUAA